AUGACUGCUGCCAAUGAUGAAAGCCCCAAGUCGAGGUCGACGGAGACUUUGACGGAUUUGGCCCAGCUGCCAGCCGUAGAGAACCACUUUGCUGCUCCUGUGAAAGUUCGACUCGAUGAUUUGUACGAGGAUGAAUUUAUCGACCCUGUCUACCAAGCAAAGGCCCGUAUCUUGAACCGAUCUAUUCAGGAUAUUGGUAUGGGCAAAUAUCAGUGGUAUCUGUUCGUGGUAACUGGUUUUGGGUGGUUCGCCGAUAGUGUCUGGCCUCUGCUUAGCGGUCUCAUAUUGGCACCUGUAAUAAACGAAUUUCAUUUCAAAGGCCCUCUUCUGUCGCUGGCUUCGAACAUUGGUUUACUUGCCGGCGCUAUAUUUUGGAGUUUGGGGUGCGACAUAUGGGGUAGAAGAUGGUCUUUCAACGUCACGCUCUUCAUAGCUGGGAUAUUUGGACUCGCAUCAGGAGGCGCACCGAACUUCAUAGCUCUUGCUUCUUUGCUCGCUGUCGUGGGCAUGGGUGUUGGGGGUAAUAUGCCUGUUGAUUCAGCCGUCUUUCUAGACUUUGUUCCUGGAUCACAUCAAUAUCUAUUGACCGUUCUUUCGAUUUGGUGGUCCGUUGGUCAAUUCGUACUCAGUUUAAUUGCGUGGCCUUUGAUCGCCAAUUACUCGUGUGCUGAUGCAUCGAACUGUGACCGUUCCAACAAUAUGGGGUGGCGCUACCUUCUCUUCACUCUGGGUGGACUAACCCUUUUCUUUUGGGGUCUCCGCUUCUUCAUUUUCACUCUUCUAGAAAGUCCUCGUUUCCUUGCAGGUAUCGGGCAAGAUGAAAAGGCAGUUAAAGUGAUUCAGCAAUUGGCGGAGUUCAACGGGUCAACGACUACUCUAUCUGUAGAAGAGCUGGCUUCGGCAGGUCAAGAGGACGGUCAGAUAAAUACCACUAGAGGCCGUGAGAUUCUCAGCAAGAGCUCUGAUUUUAGCAUGAAACAUGUAAAAGCCUUAUUUUCGACCUCUAAAAUGGCUUGGUCUACAAGUCUUUUGAUAGCACUCUGGGGCAUUAUCGGACUGGCGUCUACAUUGUAUAACAGCUUUUUGCCUUACCUGCUUGUCCAAAGAGGUGCCGAGUUUGGAGACGCAUCUUUGUAUACCACAUACCGGAAUCAAGUCAUCAUUAGUUUAAUAGGUAUACCUGGUGCCUUCCUUGCGGGAUGGGCGGUAGAAACAGGGCUCACAGGCGUCUUUCUUUUCGCUACCACGACCGCCCGAACCUCGAACGCUCUACUAGGCUGGAAUUGUGGAUAUACGUUCUUCAGUAACAUCAUGUACGGCGUUUUAUAUGCUGUCUCACCAGAGAUAUUCCCUGCGAAAGACCGCGGAACUGGGAAUGGGUUGACAUCGACCGCCACUCGCGUAUUCGGUAUCAUGGCUCCUAUCAUCGCGCUAUAUGCUAACCUUGCUACGGCAGUCCCAGUGUAUAUAGCUGGUGCCCUCAUCAUUUUCGCUGGUUUCUUGGCCCUUCUGCUGCCUUACGAACCUAGAGGCAAGGUAUCCAUCUAG